AUGCCAGCAAAGCUUGACUUCCUUCAAGCGAGCACACUGACAUGCUCCGGAUUGACGGCCUGGAAUGCCUUGUUCGGAGUUGAAGGAUAUAAGCCCAGGAAAGGAGACUGGGUCCUCGUACAAGGUACUGGAGGUGUCUCAAUUGCUGCUUUACAGGUAGCCUUUCAUCUCGCCUCUGUAGAUUCUCAGAUUGCUGAUUUUGAGAUAUUUUGCUAUUGCAAUCGGAGCUACGGUGAAACAGCCAAGAACUUGACUCCAGAGGGCGAAGGUGUGCAUAUUGUUGUCGAUGUUGGUGGUCUUUCCACACUUGCACAAUCUCUCAAAGCAAUUAGUGUUGGUGGACUACUUGUCCUAGCAGUUGUUUUGGGUAAAUUGGAAGACGGGGGCAUCGACUCCUUCUAUCAUGGAUUGUCAGAUGCGUACGCCCAUGAGAUCGAACCUGUCAUUGACGACCGAGUCUUCGAGUUCGAGGAUGUCAAGGCUGCAUAUGGGUUAUUGGAGAGACAGCAGCAUUUCUCUAAAAGGUGUAUACGUAUACAGCAUGAAUGA